CGCCAAAAUUAGUGGCUUAAAGGCUCAAGCGAAAUUAGCCUUUAGAUACAUCAGAACAGCCGCAGUCUACGUAAAUUUCGCGAGCGUAUCAGAAAUCCAUAAACUGUAAUAAUAAAGCUUUAUAUUCUAAAUUAUUGCUUUGUGCGCUUGACCUUGUAAAAUGGCAGUGGAAACUACGGAUUAAAAAUUAUUUUGUACUUUUUUUUUUAGAAACAGGUAAUCUCAAAAGGAAUGCAAAUAAAUGGCUAAUGGGGUCUAAUUUGUUAAAGAGGUAUGAAAAUGAUGCUGAUUCGUGACUGAUAUGGCGGAUGUUUCGAGUGACCAGAGAGCAUCUUCUUCUGCAAAAUCAAAUCAAAGUGCAGUACAAAAUGAAGAUUCCGUUAUUACUCUUGAACGGGAAUCGGUAAAAUGUAAUGAUGUAGAGAGCCUCAAAAAUUCUGAUUCGGAACCAAAUUCUUUGCUUUCUGAAACUGAAAAAGAGAACUUAGUGACCAGUGAGGCUUCUUCUCAAAAGGACAUCAAAAAUUUAAUUGCGAUUGAUUUGCCUGCCACGGAAAAAGAAAAUGAUCGUGAAGUUGUCAUUCCCUCGCAAUCGAAAUUAGAAAAUCCCAAGAAAAUAGUUUCAUUACCAGACGAGGGAGAAAGACAGAUUGCUCCAAUUGCUCAAAAGGAAAUACAAGUGCUGACACUAGCUGAUUUGCAAACAAGAAGAAGAACAAAAUGUCGAUCCAUUAAGCGAUUCAGUUUAAUAAUUUUGCUGACGGCCAUUACCUUCGGUUAUGCCACUGGAGGGGCUUACCUCUUUUCCCAUUUGGAAAAAAAGCGGGAAAUUGCCUACAAUGCCAAAAUCGACAAAUGGAAGAAUGACACAGCCAUCCUUUUGGCUACAGAGCUGCGACAAGUUCGUCCACACGAAGAUGUAUGGGCAAAAACUGUGUUUCGAUACCUCCAGAUCUUCGAAAGGGAUAUUUUAAAAGCCAGUGCCAUUGGUUACAGGAGGGAAGACGAUGUUGACAGAGGAACAAGAUGGACUCUUGAAGGUUCCCUGUUCUUCAGUAUCUCUCUCAUGACAACAACAG